UCAAAUAGAAAUGAAAGCAAAUUGGUCGAACGAAUUUGAAAAAAUGUUAAGGAUAACGCCUAUAACAAGGCCUAUAUUCGAACUGCCCGAGUACAUUUUUGUGGAGACACAGUGGAUAACACGAAAGUACGCUGCUGAAAAUAAUAUAAUUGUUCUUGAGCCGGAGCGCCAUCAGUCAACCAAUGGAACCGCCACAGAUGCUAUUCAAAAAGGGUUGGAAAAAGAAAAACGUCAGGGAUCUUCAAGUUGCUACACUCCCCCUAUGCCAAGAAGAGAUCGUUGUAUCGGAACAGAGAAACCAAGCUAUAGUGAUGUGGAAAUACAGUGCAAUAUUGAGGAAGAUGAGGACUGGAAUCAGCCAGACAAACAACCAGAGGACACCGCGGAUCAAGAAAACGAAAAAUUCCUGCUCUACGUGACUGAAAAAACAAGCAUGUUUCCAAACGGUAUGAUGGAGUGCUUGGUUUGCGGCGAGGUUUCCAAGACACUGCACAAGCAUCAGACCCAUGUAUCCAUGCACUACAGUUCGGUUAAUAUCUGUUUCCGAUGUGGCUGCGACUUGGGCCCAUGGAAUCUUGUAAAGCAUGAACCUGUGUGUCCCGCGUUGAAAACUAGAAAGUACUCAUUAGCCCUUAAGUGUCCGCAUCCGUUGUGUAGUUCUACACUGCGUUCGGAGAAGAAUUUAGUUAACCAUCUGAAGAAUCACGGAAAGAGAAAGUCCUUCAGAUGCCUGAAGUGCAAUGCACUUUUUACGAGUGCCACAUCUUUUAUAAUUCAUCGAAAUCGCAAAAAGAGCUGCUCAAAGGCUAAAGCACUUGCGCUCUUCAGAAGGCAUAAAUUAUACAUUGGGAGAACUAAUCCUAAGGUGUGUACCGUCUGCGUAAGUCGAUUCGGUAGCGAGAGUCGAUGUCAGCGGCACAGAAGAAAGUGCAUCAAAAGGUAUCAGACAGGUCUAAAAAAAAAAAUGAUAAGAGAAAUGAAACAGAAAUUGACCUAAGGGGUAUUUAUUAGCAUAUAAAAAUCAGUAACAAUAAAGACGAGCUUCUACGACGCUUGAA